CGCAUGUCAUCACGAAAGGUCAUUAACGAAAAGUAGACCGAUAAUAAAACGGACAGCGCGAAUAAGUUGGUGCAACGUGACUUUUGAUAAGUUUUUCUUCCUUUCUUUUUUUUUUUUUUUUUCCUUUCUUUUUUUUAUAUAUCCCAGUUCUCCUUGCUCCCGCGAACGACACGUUUUUUUCUUCUCUUUUCUUUCUCUCCUACUUUUUUUUUCUUUCUUUUCUAUUUUUUCUUUUUUCUUUUUUUUCCCCCCCUCGUUUUUAUUUUCCUUUUUAUACCAGGAGAUAUAAGUGGCCGUGUUGAUUCGAGCGUUACAGAAUCAAAGUGACAAUUUUACGUCGUUGGGAUUCUAAUAACGGAGAUCUUACGAGAGUUUGCAGGACUGUCUGUUGGAGAUACAGUCGUCGUCGUCAUCGUCGUCGUCGUCGUCGUCGUCGUCGUCGUCUCAUCUUUAUCGUCAUAGCCUAACGAGAAAUUUGACGAAGAACGUUCGUUCUAGUUGGUGGUAACACGACUCGUGAGAGUGAAGAAAUCACGAGACAGCAGAUAGUCCCGAGUCGGCCCGAGAAGGCAGAUCCGAAAGUACUACGUGAAAUCUGAUGAACGUGAAUCCAUUCGGAAAAUUAAAAUCUAAUCGUGUUAGACGCUCGAUCACAAAACAUUAUACGAGAGAAACCAGAACGUCGUUAUGCGAUUAUGGCCUGUUGAUAAAUUCAAAAAGUUGAAGAUUGAAGCGUCAAAUAGAGAAAGAUGGUCUAUAGAGGUAGUUUGCAAACCGACGAUCCAAGAGAUGCACCGAAAUUGGUCAGAAUGUCGCCACUUAGAACAAGCAGACCGAACGGUCCAAUUUCUAAUACAACGACAAUUAAAAAUACGUAUCAUGGAUCUUACAUCGGUCCUAUCGAUGCUAAUCGUGCAAAGCUUAUCGAGGAGAGACGAUUGGUUCGCGAAAGGGAUAUCGAAUCGGUCGAGAAGGUGAUUAUGAGAACGACGGGUAUGAAAAUCGGUGCCCCUAAAUUACGUAAUAUCAAUCAAAUACGUGAAAGCGUAUUCGUCGAUCCAGCUUUAAUGCCGAUGGAUCAAAUCGGUAAAUCCGACGUGAGAUGUCGUCCUAGAACAAUAGCGAUUGGAUUAGAUGAGUCCAAUGUUAGAGUCAACAGGGUACAGAGUUCUAUGUUGGCCGAUUUGAAGGAUCUCGAAAGAUUACGGAAUACACCACCAUCUCAAAGAAAUGUUAAAACUAUAAAGAAAUUUGAUAAAAACGAGAUGAGAUCGUCUACGUCUAACGCAAAGAAAAAUCCUACGUGUAAUUCGGGAAAAAUACGUUCUGAUUUAAUGAGAAUACAACAGAUGUUUCAAAUACCAGAUAAUAAUACCAAACCGACAUUGAGGAAUACUCAAGAGAGGAAGUCGAGGGUCGAGCUCGAGAAGGAUGAUAAAAAGUUUACCGGCGAGAUCAACAGGACACGUUUGCUGGCCCAAAAGCUCUUGGAGGCGUCUCGAAAUAACCGAGAUGUCUUGAAGGAUCGUUACGGUAAUACCAAGAACGCGUCCUCGAACAAACAACAUCAGACGAGAGAAGUUAAUGGUAAAGUCCCGUGUAAGCAGACUACCAACCAACAGAAUAACGUUGACUCGAAGCAAAUCAAAACGGAGAAGAGAAUCGAAACGUGUUUGAACGAAACGCAACAACCACGUCCACCGUUACGCAAGAGAAGAGACUCAAAGAAUCGGGUUAAUGACAAUACCAACGUUAAUCCUACGGUAAAUGAUAAAAACGAUAUUGCGAAGAAAAUAAUCGAUGAUAAAGAUAUUACGUGUUAUAAGAAUGAACUCGAAUAUAAUUACGUCGAAGUGAAUUCAAUUGUCGGUGAAGAUCCAUACGUUAUUACGAAGAAAAUAAUCGAUGAUAAAGAUAAUACAAGUUAUUCGAAUGAACUUGAAUAUAAUACCGUCAAAGUGAAUUCGAUCGUUGAACAGGGAUUGGAAAGACCGGAUAUAUUGGAUGGACUUUUGAAGGAAUCCGAUCGACAAAUGGCGAAUUUAAAGACAGAUUUGUUAGGGGAUAGAGGAAGAUCGAGAAGCCAUUGGAGAGGAUUCGUACAAUCGAUGAGACUGCACGACGUUGAAUUACAUUCGGAUAGCGAGGAUCAACGAAAAGAUCUUAACCUGUGGAACAAGAGCAUCAGUCAACGUUGGAGAAAACUUAGAAGACGAUGUUCCGUACAGGAAACGUCGGAGCCGCAGGAGUCGUUGAUCCCAGGUGGUGGAACUCAAGGUGUCAUUCAUACCGUGAGAUCGACCCCAGCUAGUAGGGAGGCAUCACCGGCUGCCAAAAGUCUUCAGGAUGGUAGCUCACCGAAGAAACUUUUGCAAACUAGUUCCCUAAGAUUGCCAGGUACUACAAAAGGCAUCGCGGAUAUUCAGAAUGUAUUAAGGAGCAAGUUCAGUAAGAUAAAUGCUGGAAUUAGAAAAAGGAAGGCACUGAGCGUGACCGAGGUAUUUUCGCAAAAGGACAAUGCCUCGAAUUUCUACGUACCGAGUCCAUUAACUUCCUCGACGAGUCAAAGCUUCGAUUCAGAACGUUUCGAUACAAGCGAGCCAACGUCUUUACCACCUUAUCCUUUUCACGAUACCUUGGAGACCUUGGCGGAAACUAGCGUACCGAAUUCACCUAACUGUAAGAGUCCUUUGACCGAUGAUUGUCCAAGUUUCGCAUAUUGCGAGAAUACCGAUUCCUACGAUCAUCAACUUCACGAUCAGGAUAAGAAGGACGUUUACGAGAACAUGGUGUUCAAUAAUUCUUCGUCAAGUUCCUCGAGCAGGUCAAAGGUGUCACUUUAUCGGAGUAAUUCGGAAAGUCGUGACAAUGUAAGAUCUCAGGAUCAUUCGUAUGAGAACGUACGUUAUCACAGAGGACAGAGAUCGGAAAUUGGUUCCCCUGGAAGUCCUUAUUGCGAUAGGCAAACCCUAGCAAGAAGUAAUUCCGAGACAAGGGGCGAUCAUCAUUGUUACGAGAACGUGAAUUUUCAGAAAAACGGAAAGAUUAGAAAUCAAUUGGAUUCGUCAUUCGAGACGAUUCAUAUACCUAGAGUUACGCCGAGAAAAAGGAUCACGGAUUUCAAGAUUGGCGGACAAGUUAGUAAUUAUUCGACCGAUUCGAGCGCCACCUCUAUCGUUGGCAAAGACGACGGACCCUCCAGUCUUGGGACCGAGAGGAGUCCUGGUAAAAAAUCAACGAGGAGGUUAAACAGCCGAAGCGUGGCUAACAUACCUAGCUCCUCUGGUGCUAAUUUGAAGACAUGGCAAGGCGCUCAGGAUACGGACGAAGGUCUUAAUACGGACUCCGAAUUGGAGGACAUUGACGAGGCUGGAGAAGGUGAAGAAUCAAGAUUCUGUACAUUACCUAGGCCUGGUAAAGGUGGUGCAUCCUUUACGAUAUUGACAGCCAGAUUUUUCAAAGGGCCUGGCCACAAAGGACUCGGUUUUAGCAUCGUUGGUGGCACCGAUAGUCCGCGAGGUAACAUGGGAAUAUAUGUGAAAACUGUAUUCCCUAAUGGUCAAGCUGCCGAUCUUGGUACUGUCAAGGAAGGGGACGAAAUUUUGUCGAUAAAUUCGAAACCUCUUCACGGGAUGACACAUGCCGAGGCUAUUGCUGAGUUCAAGUCCGUCAAGGCUGGAGACGUGGUACUUCAUGUUGGUCGUCGUGUUAACAAGAAGAAACGAGAAUCGUUAACGUUACCACCGGUUGGUCCAUCGACACCUCGACAGCCAAUCAAAUGAACAAGAAAUUUCUUUAAAUUUAA